AUGUCGGCAGUGGUCCCAGGGGCCAGGAGGAUGGCGCCAAGCUUGCUGAUGUGGAGGUUCUUCGUACUCAUCGUGGUACCUGGCUGCAUGACAGAGGCUUGUCACGAUGACCCUCCGAGAAUCAGAAACGCCAUGUUCAAGGCCCUCAGGUACGAGGUGGGCACCAUGAUAAACUGCGACUGCAAGGCAGGCUUCCGCAGGGUGUCGGCCGUCAUGCGCUGUGUGGGGGACUCCAGCCACUCUGCCUGGAACAACAGAUGCUUCUGCAACAGCACCUCCCCUGCUAAGAACCCAGUAAAACAAGUUACUCCUGGAUCCGAAGAACAGAGGGAGAGAAAACCCACAGAUGCACAGAGCCAAACGCAGCCUCCGGAGCAAGCUGACCUUCCAGGUCACUGCGAGGAACCACCGCCAUGGGAACAUGAACUUGAACCUUUGAAGAGAGUCUAUCAUUUCACGCUGGGGCAGACGGUUCACUACCAGUGUGCCCAGGGAUUCAGGGCCCUACACACCGGUCCUACUGAAAGCACCUGCACGAUGAUCCACGGGGAGAUGAGGUGGACCAGGCCCAGGCUCAAGUGCAUAAGUGAAGGGGCGAACAGUCAGGCUCCAGAUGAAGCAGAGCCUCUGGAGAGCACGGAAGCUCCCCCUGGGAGUGGAACUUUCUUAACAACCAGGACGGCAGGGACCACAGAUUUCCAGAAGCCCACAGACGUGGUUGCAAUGCUGGAUACGUUCAUAUUUACCACCGAGUACCAGAUCGCAGUGGCCGGCUGCAUCCUCCUGCUCUCCAGCGUCCUCCUCCUGAGCUGCCUCACGUGGCAGCGGAGAUGGAAGAAGAACAGAAGGACAAUCUAGAAAACCAAGGGCCAGAAGAAGUCAAGAACAGCCCACAGAUGUCACGGACCACAAUCAAAAUCAAAGAAGCUAAAC